AUGCAUAUUAUAGUGGAAAGCCGUGAAAUUCAGUAUCUACAACGCACCCGUGCGAAGCUGGGGCGGAGCGCGUACGCGUCGCAGUCGUCUCUGCCGUGGAACAUGACCUUCGUCUACCCGGAGGCGUUCAGGGAUGAGACCGUGGUCGACGACUACCAUGGCACGAAGAUUCACGACCCCUACCGCUGGUUGGAGGAUCCCGACUCGAACGAAACCAAAGAGUUCAUUGAGGCGCAGAACAGGAUAACGCGGCCGUACCUCGACGCGUGCCCCGUUAAGGCCGACAUCCACGAUCGCCUGACGGAGCUGUGGAACUACGAAAAAUACUCGUGCCCCUUCAGGCGGGGCGACAGAUAUUUCUUCUACAAGAACACUGGUCUGCAGAACCAGAAUGUGCUGUACGUGCAAGACAGCCUGGAGGGAGAGGCGCGCGUGUUCCUCGACCCGAACACGCUGUCGCCCGACGGCACGGUGGCCCUCUCCGGCAGCCGAUUCACGGAGGACGGCUCGACCCUCGCGUACGGCCUCUCGGCCAGCGGCUCCGACUGGAUCACCAUACACCUCAAGGACGUGGCCACAGGAAAAGACUACCCUGAGGUAUUGGAAAAGGUCAAAUUUGCAUCGAUGGCAUGGACGAAGGACAACAAAGGAUUGUUUUAUUCUCGAUACCCGGACGCGGCUGGAAAGGCGGACGGCUCGGAGACCGAAGUGAACCGUGAUCAGAAGCUUUGCUACCACCGCCUCAACACGCCCCAAUCCGAAGACGUCGUGGUGGUGGAAUUCCCCGAGGAGCCUCUAUGGAGGAUCGGCGCGGAGGUGUCGGACUGCGGGCGCUACCUGCUCGUGUCGCCUGUGCGCGACUGUCGCGACAACCUGCUGUUCUUCGCCGACCUCUCGAAGCACCCCGAGAUCACGGGCCUGCUGCCGCUCACCCAGAUCGUGCACAAGUUCGAGGCCGACUACGAGUACGUCACAAACGAGGGCUCCGUCUGCAUAUUCCGCACCAACAAGAACGCACCAAACUACCAGUUGAUCAAGAUCGAUCUUCACAACCCCGCCGAAGAGAACUGGCAGACAUUGAUACCCGAGCAUCCGAGGGAUGUUUUGGACUGGGCCUCGGCGGUCGACAACGAUAAACUAGUCAUCCACUACGUGCGGGAUGUAAAGAGCGUCCUCCAGCUGCACUGCAUGGAGAGCGGCGAGCUGCUGCAGACCUUCGAGCUGGACGUGGGCUCCGUGGUGGGCUUCUCCGGCAAGAAGCAGCACACGGAGAUAUUCUACCACUUCAUGUCCUUCCUCACGCCCGGCGUCAUCUACCACGUAGAUUUUAAGAAGCAGCCGUAUCAGCCCACGGUGUUUAGAGAAGUAAAAGUCAAGGGUUUCGACGCGUCACAGUAUGAGGCUAAACAGAUAUUCUACUCCAGCAAAGAUGGCACCAAAGUUCCUAUGUUUAUUGUAUCGAAAAAGGGCCUGCCUCGCGACGGCUCCAGUCCGGCCCUGCUCUACGGCUACGGCGGAUUCAACAUCAACGUGCAGCCGAGCUUCAGCGUGACGCGAUUGGUAUUCAUGCAGCACUUCGACGGCAUCGUCGCCAUACCGAACAUACGCGGCGGCGGCGAGUAUGGCGAGCGGUGGCACAACGCGGGCCGGCUGCUGAACAAGCAGAACGUGUUCGACGACUUCCAGGCGGCGGCGCAGUACCUCGUGGCGGAGCGCUACACGCGGCCAGGGCUGCUCACGGCGCAGGGCGGCUCCAACGGCGGGCUGCUCGUGGCCGCCUGCAUCAACCAGCGGCCCGACCUCUUCGGCGCCGCCAUCGUGCAGGUCGGCGUAUUGGACAUGCUGCGCUUCCAGAAGUUCACGAUAGGCCACGCGUGGGUGUCCGACUACGGCAGCUCGGACAACAAGACGCAGUUCGAGUACUUGCUCACCUAUUCGCCGCUGCACAAUAUACAGCCGCCCAAUAAUGGGCGUGCGGAGUACCCGGCGACGCUGGUGCUGUCGGCGGACCACGACGACCGCGUGGUGCCGCUGCACACGCUCAAGUUCAUCGCGGCGCUGCAGCACGCGGCGCGCGGCUCCCCGCAGCGGCGCCCGCUGCUGGCGCGCCUCGACACCAAGGCGGGCCACGGCGGCGGCAAGCCCACCGCCAAACUGAUCGAAGAACAUACAGACAUCCUAUGUUUUAUGACGCAAAGUCUUGGGCUCAAGUUUGUGAAG